GAGAAAACAGUUGUAAACGUCCAUCCUUUGAAGUUCAUUGGAGGAGUUUCCCAGUGGCUGUGGACCAAUCGCGGAUCACGAACUCCCUAACAAAAGGUGAUCCCCCGAUGGCCCUUGAUGUGGACUGUAUAAAUGUCUAAAACGAAUCUGAAAUGAAACGCCAGAUCAUACAGCGGUGUUUGAGUGCGGAGCAAAGUGACCACACAAAGGCAGAAAAAUGAUUAAUUCGUUUUUCUGGGCUUUUAUUUUUUUCGUGCAGCACAAGCCUCUCCUAGGACAUACAUGGGCACUUCACAAUUUCCUCGUGACUGGUCCCAAAGCGUAUUUGACUUACGCUACUAGCGUACUGGCCGGCGCGCAGAACGGAAUAGAAGAGUGCAAAUAUCAGUUUGCGUGGGACAGGUGGAACUGCCCGGAAAACGCUCUUCAUUUACCCAAUCAGAGAGGCCCCAGAAGUGCCACACGAGAGACCUCCUUCGUCCACGCCAUCAGCACAGCUGGAAUCAUGUACACGCUAACCAGAAACUGUAGUCUCGGGGACCUGGACAACUGUGGAUGUGACAACUCUAGGAAUGGCAAAAUUGGAGGUCGUGGAUGGCUGUGGGGAGGCUGCGGUGAUAACGUUGACUUUGGAGAGAGGAUUUCCAAACAGUACGUGGACGCAGUAGAGACCGGACAUGACGCUCGAGCCGCAGUCAAUCUUCAUAACAACGCCGCCGGCCGUCUGGCAGUAAAGGCAACCAUGAAAAGAGUGUGUCGGUGCCACGGUAUGUCCGAGAGCUGUGCAGUGCAGACGUGCUGGAUGCAACUCUCCGAUUUCCGCGAGAUUGGAAAUUACCUGAAAGUGAAGCACGACCAAGCGCAGAAACUUCAGUUCGACAGGAGACGAAUGCGCGCAGGCAACAGCGCGGACAGCCGCGGGGCCAUCGCCGACGCGUUCAGCGCCAUCCCGAGAUCCGAGCUCAUAUACUUGGAGGAUUCUCCGGAUUACUGCGCCAGAAACGCGAGUCUCGGGCUGCACGGCACGGAAGGCAGAGAAUGUCUGCAACAUGGGGACAGUCUUUCACAGUGGGAGAAGCGCAGCUGCCGCAGACUGUGCCACGAGUGCGGCUUGCGCGUGGAGGAGAGGCGCACAGAGACCGUGAGCAGCUGUAACUGCAGGUUUCACUGGUGCUGCACGGUGAACUGCGAAAACUGCUCACAGGUAAUAGUGAAGCAUGUUUGCAGUAGGAAACAAAGCAGCCACGGUCACCACACACGACGCAGAGUUCGAGGACCAAAAUAACUGAUGGCAUGUGCGCGUUACAGUGGAACACUCUAGACGACUUGCUUGCUUGCACUUUUUUUAGUAAUGGAAUAUUUGUAACUCACAGGUUAUACUUAAUUUGUGUAAAUACAACAAAAUGUAUAUUUAAAAAUGUUCUAAUAAAUUAAAUGAAAGAUCAUG